CCAGCUCCCCGUCGUCUACGCGAACAGGAUCACCCACUACUUCGCUAUAAGGUAGCUCGCCCGGUAUUGACAACUUUAGACGAACCUCCUCCUUUUUUCCUUUUUCACAACAAUCUCACACCUGACGACUCACGAGCUCGGAAUAAUGUCUCAAUCCAUCAAUGUAACUACGACUCAGGCCCAGUCCGGCAUCUCCCAAGACCUGCGGAACAACAUUUACUCGGCCCUUCUCUCUGGCGAUGGCAUCCGCAAUAUUGAAUCCACCCUAGACGAAUCCCUGCGGGCCUCUGGGUUCAAAGACGAUCUAAGAGCCUACAUUACCGAUCUGUUCCGCUCGGGCCAAGCUACUACCUGCGAAGAAGCCCGAAAUCUGGCGAUGCAGAAGAUCAGAGAGCAAACACGUGGUCUGGAGGAUCAAACCAACGGCGUAAACGGCACCAACGGAACGACGAAUGGAGAUGGAGAGAAUGGAGAGGACGUCGACUUGAAGAUUCCGAAAUCGGCAAUCGACGCCGGUGCAAAGACAGUCAUGAAGGAGUUGGAGAAGGUUUGCGACAUCACAUACGAAGACGACAAGUGAUCGUCCCUCCUGCAAUCUGAGAAAGAGUCCACCUUCCAUGCCACAGCAGAAAUGCGAGCUCGUGUCGCCUGAGUCAGGGUAGUUGAAAGGGAAGACUCCAAAGCAAAGGCCUUAAAGAAUGAUGCUAUCGGUCGCACAGCCGACGCCGUUGUAAUGUGGGGCGGGCGACAUCGUCCAACGGCAUCGAUGGGUUCCGGCCGCUGUCUCGGAUGAUUAGAGACCUCGCCUAUACCCAUGAAACCUUGCCUCAAGACCACUGCGCCAAGUGGACAGUGUUAGAAUCAACCAUGUUGG